GCCGACAACAGACAGCAUUUGCAUAGCCAUGCCCAUCCUCAUGCCUCCCCGGUGACUAUCUCAGACGAGCCCCUCACCUUUUCCUGAACCUUCGGACCAUGGCUGAGCCCAAGCCGCGCCAGCGCAAAUUUGCCCCCCGGUCACGCACAGGCUGCUUGACAUGUCGAACUCGGCGCAAAAGAUGCGAUAACGCGCAACCUCAGUGUGCCAACUGUGCACGACUCAAUCUCAAGUGCGAGUGGCAGCCUCCACGCAAGAUUGUUUCGUCGGAGCCACUUUCUCCGCCCUCUGCUUCCAAAAGCCCCGAUCUCCACACUGAGCUUUCUUUACGCCCUGGUCUCGAUCCGUGGGAUGCCCUGCCCGGUGACCACCAAGCCGAAAGAAUGCAUUUGCUGCAAUACUACGUAGAGGCUUUCGUGCCCAGCGUCCAGGUAGCCCCGAUACCCACCAGUUUCUACACCAGUCUCUACAUGCCUUGGUCCUUUCAGAUUGAAGGUAUGCUGGAUGCCAUCCUCGCCAUUUCCUCCGCUCAGCUGGCACGAAGAAGUCAAGACGCCCAUCGUGCCACCCAUCUGCGAGCUGUCUCAACCCGUCAUGAGAAGAAGUGCUACGACUUUAUUCGAGAGCGCUUGUCUCCCUCCGGUGGACUACCAAAAGACACCUACCAAGUCACGGCCGUCAUCUUGAUUUUGGUUGGCCUGGAAGCUCUCAAUGGCGUCAAGACGACCAGGUGGAUUUCUCAAUUGAAGAGUGUUCAGCGCAUUCUAAACUCACUUUCCCCCGAGCAGAGCAUCAUGGAUUGUGUCGAGGUUGACUCCCUACAUCGGCACUUUACAUACCACUUUGCUUCUGCCUCACUUAUGGCCCGCGUUUCCAACCCCGGAAAGGCUGGCUCACCUGACCAGGGCUUGCUCUCAAUCAGUGCUGCCCUUAUGCCAGGCACGAUUGAUCCUCUCAUGGGCAUCUCGUACCAGCUUUGUGACCUUAUUUCCCGCAUCCAAUACAUCAAUGUUUCAAACCCAGCUUUUCCGCUGACGACAGAAGCUUCCUUUCAUGUAAUAGAACAGGGCAUACAGCAUUGGAGUUACGACAAUCCUUUCGCACUAGGUGUUGACACCACCAUAGCACUCGACCUUGUUUCACUCGCAGAAGCCUACCGUCUUGCCGCCCUCAUUCAACUUUAUCGUACUUCAACAAGUCACUCGCAUCUCAUUCCUGAUUGCGCAGCCCGAACCAUGAAUUUCAUUGCCCGCAUCCCUCCAGGAAGUGCUGCUGAAUCAAGCCUACUCUACCCAAUAUUCCUAGCUGGCGCAGAGCUAGACGACGAAGCAGCUAUCGAGCAAUGCUUCACAAGAUUGGAUGGUAUCCAGAAACGCAAUCGCUAUGAGAAUGUAGAGUGUGUCCAGAAGGUUCUAAAGGAGGUUUGGCGGCCAAAGCUUGAAGGUGGGCGAAGACGUGACUGGGAAGAAGUAGUGCGCGAGUGGCAAUGGUCCUUCACUCUUGGAUAAACAACAAGUCGCAUUAGUUUACAGCCUAAUCAAUUCAAUUAAGCUAAAGGGGGCCCGAAAACCAAUCAAUUUAGUUUGGGACUCCCAAAAUUGGUUGAAUGGAUUGUUCACAAGUCUGGCCAUUGAUCAUGCGAGGGUCCAGAGUAGUACGCAUCGCUCAUGAAUCAAAAGGCUGCGAGCUGAGCAUCAGAAGAGAAUGGAUAUGCAGAGAAAAGUCUAUGCACAAGCGCGCCAGGCCUGCUAUAAGCAUCACCAAACUAUCGGAAAGUAUUAGGCGCUCAAACGACCAUUUGGGACAUGUGACAAGUCGAGAUGUACCUCAAGACUAAAGGACUGAACUACCAUGUACCGCAAGUACGAUCUCCCAUGCAAAUACACACCAAAAAUUGACUGAGU